AGGUAGGAGACAUGUCUGCUUCUCUCACUCUUUAUGAAUCAAUCUUUCUUUGUGUACUUGUGUCAACCCUGUUUUGUUUGCGUAAAUUCCUACAAUUUGGUGCAGCCUGUCCUGCUUAUCUCUGCGACGAUAAGAACAUAUACGGCCUUCACAUGCUUCGACUUGGUCAGGCAUUUACCCCUCUGUAUGCCCUGCUCGACAUCACUCUCUGUCCUAAGAAGCUUUCCCCGUUGAUACCAUACCGCUCUUAACCAUGAGCAGCCCAACGACAGCCUUGCACCCCUAUCCGACACCACCCAGAUCUCCACCCAAUGCCUUAUCGGACUCUUCUGGAGACUCCCCAAUAAGGGUGGUUGCUUCCUCUCGAUCGGUUGGUCCUAACGGUCUUUGUGCCACUACCAUUGUCAUAUCCAACGCGACUGGCAAGAUCACGGCGACGUUUGAUUCGGUCGUUCCCCAAUCGGAAUUCCCCCAGGGUACCUCAUACAUCGAUUACUCGCCUCACAUCUUACUUCCUGGCCUGGUCGACGCCCAUGUUCACCUGAACGAACCAGGUCGGACAGAAUGGGAGGGUUUUUAUACUGGUACCCAGGCGGCGGCAUUUGGGGGAGUCACCACUGUGGUGGAUAUGCCGCUGAAUGCCAUUCCUCCCACGACCACAGUGGCCAAUCUUCAUGAAAAGAUCAAGGCUGCUCAAGGCCAGUGUUGGGUCGAUGUCGGCUUCUAUGGAGGCAUUAUUCCCGGUAACGCGGGGGAACUGAAGGCGCUUGUCAGCGAAGGAGUUCGGGGAUUUAAGGGAUUCUUGAUCGACAGUGGAGUGGCAGAGUUCCCGGCCGUGUCCUCGACGGACAUUGAAAAGGUAUUUGUUGAAUUGGCUGACGAGCCGACUACCGUGAUGUUCCACGCCGAGAUGAUCCCACCUAUCGCCGACUCGGUGGGUGACGAUGUUCAGACGUCACUGCCACCGCUCCAGCCUCAUGGUCCUCUUAAUGCCUAUGCCACUUUCCUAGCCUCGAGACCUCCGGCGUUCGAAACUUAUGCGAUCGAGGAGAUCCUCUCCAUGGCUCACUUGGCGCCCAAUCUGGCUCUUCACGUUGUCCACCUGUCCGCAAUGGAAGCCAUUCCUUUGCUCAGGAAGGCCCGAACGCAGGGGAUCAACAUCACGGCUGAGACCUGUCCUCACUAUCUCUCCCUAGCAGCUGAGAAAAUCGCUCUAGGAGACACCAGACACAAGUGCUGCCCGCCUAUUCGGACACAGUCAAACCAGGAUCAACUGUGGGACGAGCUUCGCCAGCAUCUUCUGGACGGUGUGAUCAAGACGGUGGUGUCAGAUCAUUCGCCCUGCACGCCGGAUCUCAAACGACUGCCGUCGCACGUCCCAGGCCAUGUACCACCCGCAAAGGGGGUGGAGAAAGCUUUGCAACUCGACGAUGAGAGUGGAGAUUUCUUCUCGGCAUGGGGAGGCAUUUCAUCGGUGGGCAUGGGUCUGCCCAUCCUAUGGACCGAGAUGACACGGCGGGGGUUGGUGUCGAGUGACUCUGCCAUCACCGACGUGGUUCAGUGGUGCUGUGUCAACACGGCGGCGCAAGUGGGCUUGGAGAAACAAAAGGGACAGUUGGCCGUGGGGUUCGACGCCGACAUUUGCGUCUUUGAUGAUUCGGCCGAGUGGGUGGUCGAACCGAGCACGAUGUUGUUCCGGAAUAAGUGCUCACCGUACCAAGGAAAGACGAUGAAGGGACAAGUUCAGGCGACCAUCUUACGGGGCCAGGACGUUUUUGUUAGAAAUGGGCCCAACGAUGGAUUUGUUGGCAAGGAUUGCGUUGGACAGCUCUUGUUGGAGCCACGGACCAAGGAACUCAAGAGAGUCAAGAGCUGGUUCAAAAGAUGGAUUUAUGAUUUCGGGGGCGACUGAACCUACUUGGUGAACCGACUGAACGAGGCAUAUACUGACGAGUGAUAAUGUUUCAAAAAUUGGACUGAGCGCGGGCGUUGACAGUGGAGAUGGCAGUGGACUUUGGGAUUGAUUAAUGGAUUAUUGACCCAUCUGGGGACGAUGGUCUCGAAAGAGGACCUGCUCCAUUCUUCAGCUAGUUUUAUCAUCUUGACCCUUUUCCCAUUUC